UCAGUUUAAUUUCAACUGUCGAAACUUGCGAAAGCGAAAACUUUGCUACCGAAACGAUUUCCGUCGGUUGCUGCUCUUGCAUUCGAGCGCUAAUCUGAUCCUAACCUAAGCGGAGUUUUUUCACCCGUGUGGGUGUACCCGUGUGUGAGCGUGUGCAAGUGUACGUGUGCAAAUCCCGACGAACGACCCGCGAACCCGAACGAGGCGAAGAAAGUGAGCGAAACGCACCGCAAACGGUGAGUGCGGCGCGGAAAAUCUGUGCCGACUCUCAGCUGACAGGGAGAAAUUGUGAAGAAAAACCGGGAGGGCCGCUUUUCCGAUGAUCUCAGCAGACGGCGACGGUGGAAAACCAGCCAGUCGUUGUUCGGUCGGACAGUCAGUGUCAGUGUUGGUCUCGCGGUGAACGUGCGGCGUAAAGGUUGAAGAAAAAAGUAAAGGUUGCUUCCCGUUUUGUUUCAAAACGCAACUCCUCCAAGUGUGUUUUUCGUGCCAGCCUAUCUCUGUUUCUCGCUCUGUGUAUGCGUGCGUAUGUGUGUUGUGUUGUGUGGCUUCACUGCAGGAAUAAGCAGAAGAAUUUCCCAGAGCAUGCUUUAGACGGAUCCAACCGAACGAAAGGAGAAGAAGAGCAACAAGGAAAAGCGGAAAAUUCGUAAAAGAAAUGAAUCCCCUUUACAGCGCCGGAAUGAGUGAGUGAAAAACCAACGCCAAAAUCAGUACCAAAUUAGUAGCAGCAUACGCGUUAUACCAAAUGAGUUUAUAGAUGUAUUGUUUGUCUGUUACCAAACCUUCGAAGAGUAAGAGUUAUUAGAUAUGAAUAGUAUUGUUAUUAUCAGUUUAUGGAUAUUAUUACUGUUUAACAAAGUUUUAUGUCAAGAUGAAACGGUAUCAGUUUUAAGAAGCGAAAAAGUGGAACUGACAUGCCCGAUCGACAUCGCAACCUGCGGCGAGCUGCACUCGCUCAAGUGGUUCAAGGGCACCGAUCGCAUCGCGGUCGUCUCCGGUGACGGCGAGGUGGCCAAGGUCGAGGGCAGCUACAACGAUCGUCUGUACCUGGCCCACGAGGCGCAGAGCAGCCGGCUCAUCUUUAAGAACGUGGAAAUCUCCGACGAAGAUACAUAUCUGUGUGAAACCACUUUUUUAGAGCCCUCCGAGUUGUGUGAGAACUCCGGGGCGUAUAGUAUAGCACUCAAUGUUUACGCCAUACCCUCUGUAAUAGCACUCCAGGAUGGCAGUAGAAAUAGUAUUAAGAACGGUUCACACGUGGGACCGAUGCGGGAAGGUCAGGAUCUACAAGUCGUUUGUGAAGUUUAUGGCGCCCGUCCAGUACCUGUGAUAAGUUGGCAUCGAUCCGGGAACGUGGUUAGAGAUUCGCAGAUUGUGGAGGACCACAAUGGGCUGUUCACAGUCAAGUCAACACUAUCACUAACCCUGUCGCGUCAGGAACUGGGUGCCACCUAUAACUGCCGGGUCGAGAUGAAAGAACUGCAGCUGGUUGUGGAUAAUCAUUUUCAUAUCGAUUUACAAGUGAGACCUACAAAGAUCAAUUUAUCCGGUGUCAAACAUCACACGGUGCAGGGAACGAAAGUGUUGCUACAGUGCCAGGUGAGUGGCGCUCGGCCGGCUGCCAACAUGACGUGGUACAAUUCGUCCAAGCUGAUAUCGGACGAAACGAACGAGAUCACCAGCAUCAACACGAAAACGUACUUGCAAAACGACGGCACGUUCGAGACCAUAAGCCAAAUGAUUUUCACUGCAACUCGCUUCGAGAACGGUGCCUCGAUGCGUUGCGAAGCGGACAACAUCGUGAUGCGUGAGGAUGGCGACCGGCCACUACACGAUACCCUCACGCUCGAGGUCAUGUAUCCACCGGUGGUAUCGGUCAAACCGGACAAUAUCACCGUCAACGAGACGCACGAUUUUCUCGUCUUCUGCGACUACGAGGCCAAUCCGGCCUCGCUGGAGAGCGUCAAGUGGUUCCGCAACGGACAGGAGAUCAAACUGAACAACGUCCGCCACGAGGGUGGCAACCCGGAACAGACGGCCCUGCUGAUCAAGAACUCAACCCGAGCUGACAUCGGCGCGUACACCUGCGAGCUGUCCAACACCAUCGGAUCCGAUGUGUCCGAUAACGAGAUUUAUGUGGAUGUUCUAUACAAACCGAUCGUGGUGCUCAACAUGGAUCCGGAGACGCACGUGAUCGAAAAUGAUCAGGCGAACAUUACGCUACUUUGUAACAUCGUGGACGGUAAUCCACUGCUGCUGACCAAAGUGCGUUGGUUCCUGGAUGGCGAGUUCCUCAAGGAACUGCCCGAGUGCGACGACGACAGUUUGGGUGACGAGAACCUGUGCGAGGUGGACCCGACCAAGAUGCUGCUGCAAAACGUGGGUCGAGAAUUUAUAGGGAACUAUUCGUGCGAGGGUUUCAACGUUGCUGGCUGGGGUGACACAAGCGAAGACCAUCCGUUAAAUAUAUUCUACGAGCCGGGUAAUGCCUCGAUGACCCACUUCCCGCAGAUUGCCAUCAAGAGGAAAAGUGUCACGUUUAACUGUUCGGUGGAAGAUCGGGGAAAUCCGGUCGCAACGAGAUACCGCUGGCUGCGUGGCGGUAAACCAGUGAUGGACGUUGUGACACCCACGUGGACAGUGGAUCCGGUUGGCUUGGACUCGAGAACUACAUUUUCGUGUUUUGCUUACAAUGAAGGUGGUGAGGGAAAUGCAGCGGAGGUUCGGCUGGAAGUGCAUGCACCACCGGCCUUCGUCCAGAAGCUGCAUCCCUACACGGGAGCGCUCUAUUCGACGUCGAACAUUUCCCUAGCCUGCAGAGUGGAAUGCGUUCCCUCGUGUACAAUCUCCUGGUUCAAGGAUGGCGUAGGAAUUGAGGAUUAUGAUGAGAGAUAUUAUAUUACUAACAAUUACUUAGGUGCAACGCCGGCUACUGGAGACUUCGAGACUGCCUACUCCGUGCUGCAUUUUAAUAUGUCCGCCUGGCCGGAUGGCAUUCUGGAUCGCAUCCGAGACAGCUCCAACUACUCGUGCGUGUCGUCGAACAACUCAGCAGGCCCUGGAGUACGCAGCACGACGUAUUUCGGCGUGGAAUAUCCUCCGGAGAACACUUCGCUGUCGAGUCCGGCCAUUUCGGUGGAGGAAGGUAAACUGCCACCGCGAAUCGUGUGCUCAUCCCGCGCCUAUCCGGAACCGGCCUUCUACUGGACACGAAAUGGGGAAAUCAUUGUGAAGGGCAGCUCGUUAAUUGUGAAUAACGUGAUGGAACGGGCGGACGCCGGCAAUUAUACCUGCACCGCGUUCAACAAGCACGGCAAUCAUUCGACGGAUGCCAUCAUCGAUAUACACUAUAAACCCACCUGCAGCAUUGUCCGCAAGGAAGUGAAUGACGAGGACGUUCUGGUUUGUACCGCAAACGGUAGUCCACGGGAGUCGGAGUUCGAGUGGAGUCUCAAGUACGAGAACGAUACGCUGCAGAACCACAAGACGCGUGGCGAUGCCUACGAGAGCACACUGGUCCUGGACAAUGACGUCUCCGCCAUGCGAACGUACGUUUGUAUUGCCAGCAACAGCGUCGGAAUGGGAACACCGUGCGAAAUCGAGGUGGCAGGAUACGUAGCCUGGUGGCUCAAGGGGGACAUUCUGACGCCCUACAUAUUGAUUGCCGCCGUUGCGGCUCUUCUACUAGCGGUGAUACUGAUUUGUGGUAUUAUCAUCUGCAUUUGCCGCCGCAAGAGACGACAAGACAAAUCCUCCAUUCAUCACAUCGAGGAGAUCGAAGAUGGCGAAUUUUCGUUCACGAAGACCCAAAGGGCCCCCGAAGUAAAACCCCAACCGGACGCUUCGGAAAACAUCCAACAGUACGACAAAACCGUCCGCUGGCGAAUCCGGCGAUUUUUCGAGAAACGGAACAGCAUCGAUCUGUUGAAGCUCUCCACCCAGAAUGUUAUUACUUAUGUUAAAAAGCCACAAGUUCCCAGCACGCCAACCGCCGCGGCCACCACCCAAGAAUCGCCGCAAGCAAGCGAUGAUAGAAAUGAGAAUGUACCGUCAACUAGUGCAGAUGUAGUAGUUACUGGAGAGUCAUCCACUGCUGGCGGAUCCCAAAUCGAACCAGGAGAGUAUGAGAAUCUUCCCUUCCACGGACUGCAAACACCACCCAAAAAGAUCAUGCUAGCAAAAACCAGCCACACUCCGGCCGUGAAGUGUCCUAACAAAUCGCUAACCCCGUCAUGUUUUCCGACUCACCCGUAUAACUACAUCAACUAUCAGCAGCGUGACAAUAGCAAUCCGAGUGCCACUAAGCCGCCGCCCAAUUCUGAACUUUCGUCCUAUAACACAAGCCAAUCCACUGUGCUAACUAACCAAAGCAAUAAAUCGUCCCUGUCCAGCGGCCAGGAGUCAUCUAAUCCGGCCAUCAGAACCGCCGAGCGGAAGAAAACUUUAAUUAGCGGACAUCAUCAGCAGUUGCUGGACAACAGCGACAGCCUGUCCACUCACAGUCUAUCCUCGGGAAAGUCUCUGAAAAGGCCCGGCUCCGGGAGCGUCGGGGAAACCAAGAAGCUAAUCGAUCUCGAAACGGUAACUCCGCUGUACGAAAAUCUAACCGAUUCGAUUCAGAUUCACGAAUCGCCCAUAAUUCCAAGUCCCGGCGGAUCGGCAGCCGGUGGAAAGUUUACGAUCGAUGGACAGGAACGGUAUAAAAUCAGCCUGCGAAAACCGCGGCGAUCGAGCAGUCGAUCGAACAGCGCGGUGUCCAACAGCUAUUAUGACUGCAUCAAACCGAUUCCGGCUCCACGCCACCGGAAGUAUGCCUCGACCAAUUCGUUGCUGUCGAAGAACAUCCAGCUGUACAGCAACAAGUUGGAUCCGAUUUACAUGAAUCUGCCGAUCAGUUCCGGCUAUGAGACGGAUCCCAGGGGGAAUGAUGAGUUCAACUCAGGCGGUGAGUGUCCCUCCGCAUACGAUAAUCAUUACUUCGAAAUCACCCAGCACCAGACGCGCAUCCUGAUACCGAAGGAGCUGUUCCCCGUAGAUAGAAGCAAUCAAGCCAAGAUCAACCAAUUACUGAAGAAGAAUCUCGUUUCCUCGAACCGACGUCACAUUAAACUGCCUUUACAAAAACAUCAUAGCUUUAAUUUCCAAUCCUCCCAAACGGUGGAAGCGACGGUGCGCGAUCUCAAGAUCAAGUCCCACUCGAUCAGCUCGAAAACGCUGCGCGACUAUCGCAACGGCGUCCCGGCCAACAACAGUGGCAGCAAUACUAGCAGCAAUUUUACCAAUAGCAAUAGCAUCGGCAAGUUCCCGCAGGCCGUGAAUCCUACGAAUCCGUUUAUCACCAGCAGCAGCAAUAGUAGCAACAGCAGUAGCAGUGCACUAACCACUAGCAGUAGUCGCCGUUCGUUGGCCGCAGCUCGGCAGCACACAACCCUGGCCACGGCCACUCUGGCCACAGUGCGGCAGCAUCCAAGCCAAUCGCAAAGCGAAGAGGACAGCAGCGGUAGCGACUUAGAGCAGAAAAGUCUUCAAUAUCAGCACAGCAAUCAUCAUUCCCAGCAACACCAACAUCAUCAGCAUCAUCAUCAUCAUCAUCAUCAACAGCAGCAGCAGCAGCAGCAACAACAUAAGCAAAAGCACGCCCAUCAGCGACAUCACACACUAGGAGGACCCUCGUCCGUUCCCCCGGCUCCGGUGCCACCGGUCUACAAGUAUGAAUCUAACUCGGUAGCCUUUAAACCUAUCACUCCUGUGCCAAUGAGUACUCCAGCAAUAACUAACUCUAAAUCAUCGUCAUCGGUUAAUAAUAAUAAUAAUAACGAUAUGUGUAAAGAUAAAUUUGCUAUUGAAUAACAACACUGAGUAUAACACAAAAAAAUAACACAACACAAGACAGCAAACAGCAACAAAGCAGGUUCUGACUAACAGAGGCAGAAGUGAGAGAAAAAUUAAAACAAACAAACGAAAAAGCCAGAAGUAUACCGAAACAAGUACGGGAAGUGAAAACCAAAAAAAAAAAAUCACACACACGCAAUGGGAAACUAACUGAGUAGAAAUUAAAUUCAAAUCACAAAACUAAAA